AUGGAGCCGUCACCGCUGACGCAGGACACGCGGCCUGAAAUCUUCCAACCCAAGAUAAUCUCCCUCUACGAAACCCUCUUCAAAGAAGACGACGAAGAAAUCGAGCUAUCCGCCGGCUUCUGGCAAGAAUUCUUCCUCCACCGCCCCGACCCCACCGGCCUUCAGCGCAUACUCAGUUCGGUAACGCCGGACGAGAUGCUGCACCAGCAAGCGCAUUCGCAGGCACUCUUCAGCCAGGCCAUCCUGCGCGUCAAGCAAGCCAGCGCGCCCGCCGACGAAAUCGCCCUCGAGUACAUCCAAGAUUGCGACGACAGCACCCAAGUUCUCCCCGCGCUCUAUCUCCUCGGCCUCCUCACGAACUACAACAAAUUCGAGUUUCAGAACCCGUAUAGACUGCGGCUAGACGACUUUGUCAACGAUGCUAUCAUACAGGAUAUGGUCGCUUGUUUUGGGAAUACAUGUACAAAGCUGCGGGACGCCUAUGUAGCUGUACAGGAUGAUAUGCCCGAAGGCUGGUCGCUAGGCUCGACGCUGAGUUACAUUGGUCUGGGUGCUCUUGCGCCCAGCUCUCGGCCAACCACACCUGUGCCGGCUCCGGAUGAAGCAAAGUCGCUCUUCGCUGCACUACCAGGGCCUGAGAUUGGCGUACUUCUCUCCACGUACGACUUCGCCAACGCCAACAAAGUCUUCUGCUUCAACCUAGUCAAGUCAGCCCCAGCGGACAAGAACGAGCCCUCGCCGCUGAGCGCAUACCUUUCCUUGACGUCCUACAUGUUCCAACACGCCCAUCGGUCUACCAGGGCCGCACUAUACACAUACCUCAGCCUCUUCGUGCUGCAAAUACUUGUUGAAGACCGAGAGCUCGCCAAACGCCUAUGCAGUGACGAGUCCAAGCUUUCGGUGCGCUUGUGCCGUCAGAGACAGCCCUACCUGCCGGCAGUGAGGGGCGAUCGUGUCCCUGCAGCUGUCAUACUAGACAUGAUGUCUGACGCCAUCAGCCAUAAUCUGCGGAGGCGAUUAGACGUUGACUUCUACAUCCUCUGUCUCGGCGUUCUAUUACGUCUCCUUUCGCACCUCAGUCGAACCAAGACGCGCAUCACAUACCAUUGGUCGGAGUUGUGGCGGACCCUGCUCUCCUUCGUCCGCUUCCUCACCACCUACGAAAGCGACAUCAAGUCCAACUACAAAUCAAACGGAAUGAUCAACAUACUGGUCAAUCUGCUGGCCUUUGCACUGUCUAGCGGAGAGAACUUCUUGCCCGACCCUGCAUCGUAUGACGACUUGUUCUACAAGCUCGUGGAAAGCGGCGACACACUGAUCAAGUUCCGGGACACAUUUGGGUUAUCAGGCCAAUCAGACUCCAUGCAGACGCUCAUCAAUGUGUCUUCGCAUUACCAGUCCCUGCUGGAGAGCAAUGGAAAGGCGCGGUCCAAGCAUCUCAGCCCGCAAGAAGUCAGCGCCGUCAUCAAACAGGGGUACGAGACGUUACCAAUCGAUGCGAGCGAGGGUUUGGAUCGUUGGGAAAAGUUCCGGGAGGCGGACUUCAAGUCUCUGCUGAAGAAGAUUGCUAGAGCGGCGGUAGAAGAUGCCAAAGCACUGAAUGACGAUAAUUGA